CAACACCUGAAGAGGUUUAAAUAACAAAGUCCGGUCCUCCGAACCAGAACCUGAACCAGAACCAGCUCAACAUCAGUGGAUUUUAGGAGCCAGAAGCCCCGCCCCUCCUCCGGGUCCAGACAGCAUCCUGCAGCCAGCCUUACAUCAGAACUGUGAGCCGAGCCGGUACCGGUCUGAACAUGGCUCUGAGGGGUCCAGUCUCCCGGCUSAUCAGAACCCAGCUGAGACACAGAUGUCAGCAGAACCGAGCCCAGUCUGUGGCGGUUCUGGGUGCUCCGUUCUGUAAAGGACAGAAGAGACGAGGAGUGGAGCUCGGCCCAAAGGUGAUCAGAGACGCCGGCCUCAUCGACAGGCUGUCCGCUUUAGAUUACUCUGUCCAUGACUUUGGAGAUCUCAGCUUCCAGCACCUGGAGCAGGAUGAACCCUACAUGGAUGUGAAGUUCCCUCGCAGUGUGGGCUCUGCAAACAACAUGCUGUUCAGUGCAGCCAGCCGGGCUGUCGGUGCCGGACACACCUUCGUCAUGUUGGGAGGAGAUCACAGCCUGGCCAUYGGAUCAGUCAGUGGACACGCCCAGCAGAGUCCGGACCUGUGUCUGAUCUGGGUCGAUGCUCACGCUGACAUCAACACCCCCAUGACCUCCCCAUCAGGAAACCUUCAUGGUCAGCCUGUGGCCUUCAUGCUCAAAGAGCUGCAGGACAAGAAAACAACGACCCAUCCACCUGAGCUUCGACAUCGAUGCCUUUGAUCCAUCUCUGGCUCCUGCCACAGGAACCGCAGUGAACGGAGGUCUGACCUACAGAGAGGGAAUCUACCUGACAGAGGAGAUCCACAACACAGGUCUGCUGUCGGCCAUGGACCUGGUGGAGGUCAACCCCCUGCUGGGGGCCAACCAGGAAGCCGUGGAGGCCACCGCCUCUUUAGCGGUCGAUGUCAUCGCGUCGUCACUGGGACAGACGAGAGAAGGUGCUCACGCAUCUAUCGAGCAGAUGUCUGCGGUGAAAAACGACACAGAGCAGUUGUGCCUCUGAGAGCGCUGAGCUAACUGUACGCACUUUAAUCCAUUCCACUGUCCAACUGUCUGCUCUUAUAUCUGUCAUAAAAUCACAACGUCUGCAAGCAGGAAGGCAUGAUAGAGCUUUAAAAUAUUCCCUGUGCUCCUGCUGAGACAUGUUAUUUAAUGUUAUAUAAUCUGGGUGGAACCUAACCUCAGGCCUGGUGGUCUCACCAGUCAUGGUUUUAAAAACAGAACAGACUUAUAGAGUCCAGUUCACGUGACAGUUUCAUGACUUUAAAGCUGACAGAAGAAGAGUUUAAACCACGUGUGAGAUGAGGGGAAAUGUGCUUUAUCAGAAAUCAGAAUAAAAAGGUUUUAAAAAGGAAGAUAUGAGAAAUAUAAAUAUAUUUUAGUUAAAAGAUAAAUAUUUUUAUUUAAAAUGUUUACUGUAUAUAUAGAAAUACCAUACAUCGUUACAGAGCCCGUCUAGUGACAUUGAAUAAAAUUAAUUCCCAUGGCUACACAAUAAUAACUCAUGGCCACACAAUAAUAACUCAUGGCUACACAAUAAUAACUCAUGGCCACACAAUAAUAACUCAUGGCCACACAAUAAUAACUCAUGGCCACACAAUUAUAACUCAUGGCCACACAAUUAUAACUCAUGGCCACACAAUAAUAACUCAUGGCCACACAAUAAUAACUCAUGGCUACACUAUUAUAACUCAUGGCCACAUAAUUAUAACUCAUGGCCACACAAUUAUAACUCAUGGCCACACAAUAAUAACUCAUGGCCACACAAUAAUAACUCAUGGCUACACUAUUAUAACUCAUGGCCA